AUGGCCGACGACGGUCCUCUUGCAGAUGCGACUUCAGCCUCUGCUACGGAGCCGUCUGCAGCUCGAGACAGCCCCACCGCCGCCGCGACAAGCGAAGAGGACCUCCCGGACACGGACGCCGAUCAGUUCCUCGAUGUUGUGCUCACGAGCGUCGACGCUGAGCCGUCCAGUGGGACCCACAGCAUCGCACUGUUCACGCUCUCGACGUCUGAACUCGACGGCUACACCGUCGAGUUGGUCGUGACGCGAGGCGUUACUUCCUACUGCAUCAAGCGACCACUGCAGACGCUGUACAAAGUGCUGCGUCAUAUUCAGACCACAUGGACAACACCCGACCACGCCGCACUACCACUGGACUCGCUCGAGCUGCCCGCGUUCCCUCUGAAGAGCACGCGCAACGACGCAGCGAUCGCUGAAUGGUGCGCCCACAUGACAUCGUUCUUAGCUGCUCAUCGACGUGGAAUGCUGCUGCUGCAUCCCGAUUGGCUCGACUUUGUGGUCGAGCGCAACGAGGACAAAGGCGCUCGACUGCACAUGACAGCGAUUGGGUUUAUCCUGCAGGCGUUUCCACUCGAGCGACUCGUUGUGCCAAGAAGUGCGCAGCAUGACGUAGCGGUACAAGUGACGAAGCUUGAAGGGGCGGAAGACGCGGCGCAGUUUGUUGUGUGGAAGUUUGAGCUGGAGGACUUUGACGUGGACUUUAGCGUCUCGUUUGCUCCAGAGCCGUACGAGCAGAAACUUACUGAAGUCGUGCAUGCUCGAACGAGAUACGAGACGACAGUAGGACGAGCUGUCGAAGGAUCGUUCCAGUGCGAUCGGACUGGAACAAUUACGUUGACGUGGGACAACUCGUACUCGAGACUACGGGGAAAGAACGUGCUGUACCAGGUGCAAGUUGUGACGAGCAGUGUCAUGGCAUCGGCAACUGCAGCGGCGGACGCGUUGGAUGAAGCCGUUCAGGUGGAACAAGCUCGCAAUCACGAACGGAAUGUAGCGUUGUCAAGGGCGAUUAUUGUAAGUCCUGUGCCGAUGCCAGAUGCAAACGAGCUGUCACGGUACUCGGCAUAUAUAUCGAGAGCCAUUGCUCAUCAGAGCUGGUUGUUGAGCGCACCGAUCAAUGUAGCUGGGCAUUUGGCAUCGAGGCUUUUCGGGUCGCAGGAUCUGACGGCUGUAGUCGUGUCAUCGAAUGGCCAACACAACAGGGGACUUGACAAUGACACUCGCAGCCUCGUGGAAGAGCUGAAUGGGCUCAAUAUGCAGCUCAUGGAGCGGAUGGAAAUGCAUGAAGACGCUAUUGCUAAGCUGACCGCAGAACGCGAUCAAGAGCGAUCAAAGGCACACGUAGCACUGGUGGAGAAGGACAAUUGUGCAAACGAAGUCAAGGCAAAAGAGCAUGCAUUGGCCACUACCCUUGGCGAACUUCAGCGCAUACAACGAGAACGCGAGGCGUGGCGUGAGAUACAAGCAGAACGAGACGCGUUGCUCGAAGAAAAACAUCGCUGGGCAAUGGCAGACGACUUCGAUGGCAGCGACAACGAUGCUUCCGACAUCGCCAGGGAAAUGGACACGGCGAUCCGCUGUCGUCUUGAAAAGGAGCUUGGCCAGGCUGAAGCCACGAUACUGCGGUGCCGCGCCGAGUUGGGCUAUCCUUUGAACAAUCAUUUGACGGGGACUUCGACUCGAUUCGAAACGAUUGCAAGGGAAAUGGCAGCGACAAAGCACCGAUACGAGGAGCAGAUGCAAACAUGGGAGCAAGAGCGUUUGCAGCUGACGCAGCAACUAGUCAAAGCUCGUGGCCAGAGACGUGUGCUGGUGACAGAGAUCCGUAACAUGCGCACUCAUACAGAGAGCCAGAUUGCUGUAGCCAUGGCUGAAGCGAGCGAGGCACGAAUGGUGAACAAGCGCUUGAAAAAGCAAAACGAGUUGCUGCUGACGCAGAUUCGGACGCUGAUAAAUGAAGCUGAAGGCUACGAGAAGCAGAUUCGCGAUGCUCAAGAUGAGCUACAGCCACGACGACAGCAACAAGAGUCACAGCAACCAUCAGGCGAUCAAGACCAGCGAAGCGCAAGUGAAGUUUCGGGAAUGGCAAUGGCAGUCGCGAUGCUCGAUCUUACCGUGCAAAGUCAAGACGAAGCAAGCACUGACGAGGCAACGGAUACAGUGGACGGCUCUCCUGUUCCAUACACAUUGAACGACAACGACAUUGCCAUCCUGAACGGUCGUCCACCGCCACCCGGACCGGCUAGCCCAAUAACGUCUGCUUCCCGCCAACAGCAUCACGAAGAAGUACCGGCAUUGUCGUUGUCCUCUCCCGAGCCCCCUAUGAGUCAUCAGGAGAAUCCUUUUCGUGCACGACUGCUGGCCUUUUUCGAGGAACACGACCCGACAAAGGUGGUCGAGGUGGACGAGAUGCUGGUGCACUACAAGGGCGUGGAAGAGUCCCUGUUCGAGAGCUUGGACCUCAAGUACAGCUUCACCGAGCUCAAUCAGUGCAUCGCCCAAGCAAUGUGA